UAGUAUCAUUUCUUCCCUCCUUCUUUGUCUCUCUCUGACCUCCUCACAGCUCCACGUCGCUCCAUACUUGCUUCGUCUCUUAAGAAGACCACAGCUGAGUUUUCCAGCACAGCACCAGGAGAGUGUAUGAACCAACAUUAGGCAAAGAGGACAGAAAGCAAAAAAGGGGGAGGGAGAAAUCUGAAAGUGAGCCGAGCUGUUGCAAGCAAGCCUUGGUGCCAAACCUGCUGCUUUCAGAGACCAGGAGGGGAGGAACCUUGUUUGGUGGAGAGGGGAAGGACAAAAGAAACUUGAAACUGGCUUUCCUUGUGGCAUGUCAGUCCUGAACACCCCCCCUCCCCACCCCCUGCUCGUUAAAUGAAAGCACCUGAGGAACACGAGAUUGCCUGCGUGAGAGGGAGGGCUGGUGCUGGACCGGGUGAGGGAGCAGAAAGGCGACUUGUGGCUUUGUGGUGUGGCUUACACUGAGAUCAGAGCUAGCGUGCCUGGGGGUGGGAGCAGAAGGAGAAAGGGCACCUGAUGCCAGCUGCCAAUAUGACAGAAACCCUGCAGCUCCCUGCCCUGCAAGUCCCAGAGCAGCAGGUGGUGGAGGGCAGCCGUGCCUGGUCCAGCUCAUCCACCCCCACCCUGCGCAGGAAGCGCUUCAAGAUGAGGCGGAUGAAGAAUGUGCAGGAGCAGAGCCUGGAGGCCAGCAGUUAUCAGGAUUCUCCUUCCUCCAGCAAGGAAUACCUGCAGCUCCCAUCCAUUGAGAUCACCCCCUCCAGUGAUGAGGACACUCCCUGGUCCAACUGUUCCACACCCAGUGCCUCCCCGCGCCGCAAGCGCUUCCUUCUGCGGAAGUGGCUGCGUGUCAGAGAGAAGAAGGAGUGCAGUGAGAGCAGCAGCCAGCAAAGCAGCCAGCAGAGCAGCCACGAUGACGACUCGUCCCGAUUCUUGAGCCCUCACACCCGUGACGACAGUACUGCCAGUAACUCAAACCGCAGCACGCCUGCCUGCUCCCCCAUCCUGCGCAAACGCUCCCGGUCCCCAACACCGCAGGACUCCCAAGGAGACACCAUGGUGGAAAAAGGCUCAGACCACUCGUCAGACAAAUCCCCUUCCACGCCGGAGCAGGGUGUACAGCGGAGCUGUUCCUCUCAGUCAGGCCGCAGUGGGGCCAAGAACUCCAAGAAAAGCCAGAGUUGGUAUAAUGUAUUGAGUCCGACCUACAAACAACGGAAUGAAGACUUCAGGAAACUCUUCAAACAUCUUCCUGACACGGAGCGCCUCAUCGUAGAUUACUCAUGUGCGCUACAAAGAGACAUUCUCCUGCAGGGCCGCCUCUACCUCUCUGAAAACUGGAUCUGCUUUUACAGCAACAUCUUCCGCUGGGAGACGCUGCUGACAGUUCGCUUGAAGGAUAUCUGCUCGAUGACCAAGGAAAAAACAGCACGGCUCAUUCCUAAUGCCAUCCAAGUUUGCACUGAUACUGAAAAGCACUUUUUUACUUCCUUUGGGGCUCGAGACAGGACGUACAUGAUGAUGUUCAGACUCUGGCAGAACGCUCUCCUUGACAAGCCUCUCUGCCCAAAGGAGCUCUGGCAUUUUGUCCACCAGUGUUAUGGGAAUGAGCUGGGUCUGACCAGUGAUGAUGAAGAUUAUGUGCCUCCAGAUGAUGACUUCAACACAAUGGGCUACUGUGAAGAAAUCCCUGUGGAGGAGAAUGAAGUCAAUGACAGCUCCUCAAAAAGCAGCAUGGAGGCCAAGCCAGAAGCUAGCCCUCAGCUGCCAAAGAAAUCAGUAACUGCCAGCACACUGACAUCCACAGGGAGCAGUGAAGCACCAGCUUCGUUUGAUGGGGUGCUACCAGAAGAGGAGGAGGCAGUAGCAGAGAGUCCUGUGGAAAAAGACCUUGGCAUUGCAAAUAUCAUGGGAGAGAAGAUAGAGAUCAUUGCCCCUGUGAACUCCCCUUCCCUGGACUUCAAUGACAAUGAAGACAUUCCCACUGAGCUCAGCGACUCAUCUGAGACCCAUGAUGAAGGUGAAGUCCAGGCGUUUUAUGAGGACUUGAACGGCCGUCAGUAUGUGAAUGAAGUGUUCAACUUCAGCGUGGACAAACUGUAUGACUUGCUUUUCACGGACUCCCAGUUCCAGAGGGACUUCAUGGAACAGCGCCGGUUCUCUGAUAUUAUCUUUCACCCCUGGAAGAAGGAAGAAAAUGGCAAUCAAACCAGAGUGAUCUUGUAUACUAUUACCCUUACCAACCCUCUGGCUCCCAAAACUGCCACUGUCACUGAGACGCAGACAAUGUACAAAGCCAGCCAAGAAAGCGAGUGCUAUGUCAUAGAUGCAGAGGUGCUAACUCACGACGUCCCCUACCAUGAUUAUUUCUACACCAUUAACCGCUACACAUUGACUCGUGUUGCCAGAAACAAAAGCCGACUCAGGGUUUCCACAGAGUUACGUUACAGGAAGCAGCCUUGGGGGCUGGUAAAAUCCUUCAUUGAGAAGAAUUUCUGGAGCGGCCUGGAAGAUUAUUUCCGUCAUUUAGAAAGCGAACUGACCAAAACGGAGAGCACGUACCUGGCUGAGGUCCACAGACAAUCCCCAAAAGAGAAAGUGAGCAAGCAAUCAACAGUCCGCCGGAGGAAACGGGCCCAUGCCCAUCUGCGGGUGCCGCACUUGGAGGAGGUGCUGAGUCCUGUCACCACCCCCACGGAUGAGGAGGUUGCUCACCGAAUCAAACACGUGGCAGGUUCCACACAGACACGGCACAUCCCUGAGGAGAGCCCCAGUGGCUUCCACCUGCAGAGCGUUUCCAAGCUGCUCCUUGUCAUCAGUUUUGUCCUGGUGUUGCUGGUCAUUCUCAAUAUGAUGCUGUUCUACAAACUGUGGAUGUUGGAGUAUACCACCCAGACACUCACAGCAUGGCAGGGCUUGCGGUUACAGGAAAGGUUACCCCAGUCACAGACAGAAUGGGCCCAGUUACUAGAAUCUCAGCAGAAGUAUCAUGAUUCAGAGCUACAAAAAUGGCGUGAGAUCAUCAAAUCCUCUGUGAUGCUUCUAGACCAGAUGAAGGAUUCACUAAUAAAUCUCCAGAAUGGCAUCGGGUCCCGGGACUUCGGGUCAGAUCCAGAGGAGAAACGGAAACGUUUCCACUAACAGGCAGGAAUGCAGGAGGCCAGAGGACGGUGUGCAAUAUGUGUAAAUAGGAUAUAUAAAUAUAUAUAUAUAUAAAUAUAUAU